AUGGAUCCCGAAACCGCUAAACAAUUUAUUCCUGAGCCAUCUCUUUUUAAUUACAAAUCAGAAGAUGCUAUUGUUUAUGCUUUAGGAAUUGGUGCAACCACAAAAGAAGAAUUACACUUCAUUUAUGAAGGCCAUCCAGAAUUUCAAGUCUUCCCUACAUUUGUGGUAGUCCCCGGCUUUUUAGCUCAAACUAGUAAUGCAAGUGACUGGCCUGGGGCUAAUUUGGAUUUUAGCCGUCUUCUUCAUGGAGAACAUUAUAUUGAGCUGUUUAAUCCAAUUCCUGCAGAUGGGGGCAAAUUAAGAACGGAAACUAGGGUUCUGGAUAUUUUGGAUAAAGGAAAGGCUGCUUUGAUUAUUAAAGAAGUUACAACUUAUGAUUGUCAAACUAAUGAGAAAUUGGCAGUCCAAGAAUUUGGUAUUUUCCUAUCUGGAGCGGGUGGUUUCGGGGGCAACCGCACAUCGCCUUAUGAACGUAAAUCGCCUCCAUUUCCAGAAAGACCACCAGAUACAAUUUUAGAAGAUCGAAUAAAUCCUGAUCAGGCAGCCCUUUACCGUAUCGGCUCUGGUGAUCUAAAUCCUUUACAUAUCGACCCAGACUUUGCCCAAAUGGCUGGUUUUUCUACCCCGAUACUUCACGGGCUUUGUUCUCUCGGUUUUGCUACUCGCCUUGUUUUGCGUGUUUAUGGCGAUAAACAAGCCAAGAAUUUGCGUUCAGUUCGAAGUCGUUUUUCUUCCCCUGUAAUUCCUGGACAGACUUUGGUUGUGGAAAUGUGGCAGAACCAAAAACAAAUUUUGUUUACUGCAAAGAUUAAAGAAACAGGAAAAGUUGCCAUUUCCAAUGGAUGCAUUGAAUUGAACGAAGUUUCAGUUAUUCAAAAUUUGAGUGAGGAACCUUCCAAGAUUAACACAAAGUUAAGUCCACCCCUAAAAUCAAAAGCAAUUUUUGAUGUAAUGGGGAAGGAGUUAGCGGAGACAAACGAGUCACUCAAACCUCUGGGCAAUGCUUUGAUUUUAUACGAAAUUAGCAGUGAGGGAGAGGAUGGAAGCAAAUCUGUUACAAAAUAUACUAUCGAAUUAACUGGAGACGGAAAGGGAAAGGUUUAUCAAGGAGAGCCUAGUGGAGAUCAAAAACAAGCUCAAAAACAAGAUAAGAAGCCUACUAAGGUGACUGUUUCUAUUGCGGAUGAAGACUUUGUUAGGCUAGUUAAUGGGGAUUUGGAUGGUACAAAGGUGGGAGAAUUAAAUUAAAGGAGUGCUUAAGUUAAGUUAGAACUUA